UGCAGUUGAGGAGACUUUGCAUUGAUAGUUUCAGUCUGCUUUUCUUUACAAGACAGUUUCCUUCUUCCUAAAUUGUGAAGUUCUGUUUCCACUUAAAGAGCAUUAUGUAGCAUUUGAGGUUUAUAUAAACAACUCCUCAAAUGCAAGAGCGCAAGUUAUUCAUGAAUAAUGAGGAGGAAGGAAGCUAGAUUGUGAGAGAACGAGAAAGGGAGAAGCAAGCAGAGGAAAAAUCUGAGGCAGAGUAAAGUUCGGUUGUUCAUUUCUGCUGAUCAUUGCUGGAUUUUAAAGGCUCUGCCAUGGACUUAAGUCUAGUCCUGGCAAGCUUUGUGUUUUUCUUCAGGCUGUGUGGAAAAUGUAGAGGAUCUGAAGCGGAGAACUGUACUGACUACAAACUCCAGUUUGAGAGGGUUUUCUCUGUUCCUGGAGAUGUGGCUAUGCUGAGAAGCACACUGGUCUCCUCAGAGGUCUUUGACUUCAAAACUGUCCCGUACAACAUCACGUGGUACAACUCAGUGUCGGGCCAAGAAAUCAGCAGUCAGGCUGGUCACAUCCUGGUGCACGAGGAGACCCUGUGGUUUCUAAAAGUAACCAUGAAUGACAGUGGGGAUUAUGUGACCAUACUGAGGACUCCUUCCCACUGCUAUAGAGAGGCCAGCCGACUGGUGGUGGAGGAAAGACUUCCAGGAGAAUGUGGAAUGCCGAGGAAAGCUUAUCAGCCACUUACAAAAGGAGUCACUGACAACCUGAGCUGCCCUCUGAGGAACGAAAUGAAUAAGCUGAACAGCUACAACAUCUCUUCCUCCAUCAAGUGGUACAGAGGUUGUGACUCCAUAGAGGACGGGACAGGCGGCUAUGAGUAUUGGGGCACCAGACUGAAAAUUACCAGUGUGGAGCUUCAACACAAAGGCACCUAUACCUGUACUCUGACAUUCACUCUGGGUGGCAUCGAAGGGUCUGUGUCAGAGACUAUUAACGCAGAGGUCAAAGAGAGUUACUCUUUGGUUCCACAAGUGCAUGAACCCUCAAAUGAAGUAAUCAAAGCACAGAGCGGGUACAACUUCACUAAAAGGUGCCUGGUGUUUGUGCCGGGUGUCGGGAAUCCUUUUGUUGAUAUUUAUUGGUUGGACAAAGAUGGAUUCAUUGAGACAAACACCUCUCACCGUGUCCACAUGUUAGAACAGCGUUUGCUGCCCCAAGAUGGCUCCAGUAAAGGUGCGUGGUUAGAGACCUGGCUGAUAUUUUCUGAGCUGAAGGAGGAGGACUUCAACAUAAACUACACCUGCCGUGCGUACAGUGACAGGGGCUUUCCUGAAGCAUAUUUCAGUCUGCAACCAGCAGAUUCGAACAUCACCGUUGUAACUGGUGCCUGACUGUAACACACAGUAACCAAACUGAUGCAUCAGCAAAGUACUCCAUCUUUAUUAGGUUUGCCUGUAAAAUCCACUUGUAAUGGCUGCUAAUCAGCGAAUGAAUAAUUUUAUGUUAAUUAUUGAGGCUGUAGUUUGCAGUUUGGGGAUUUACUGGAAUGAAUUAACCAAAUAUAAACAAUGUUUUCUUUGUAAAGUGGGAAACAUGUAAUAGAGCUGUUGUGUUGUACUGCACCAGAUAUUACUGCUGCAAUCAGUGUCCACUGAAUAUACAUAUAUAUAUAUAUGCAAUAAAUAUUCUCAGCAUGUUG